UCGAUUUCGAGGUUAUGACGAAUCUUCUGUAUCGAAUGUAUAUAGUUUACAGAAGAUUGUGUCAAUGCUUGUUCAACGUAUAAAAUAAAAAGUUGGACAUUGCUCGAUAUAUUUCACAUGAAACGAGGUGAAGAUUCGAACCUGGAUUCUGAGGUGACUCCGCUAGAUGGCUCGCGCGUCUCCAAACGAUGGAGUCUAUUGUAUUCCUGUAAAUAAACUCUAGACUUCAGACCAAUUGUCCUGGGAAAGUACCACGGUGUCGUGCGAAAUUCUCGCCACAUGCUCAGGCUACAGACGUCCCUUAACCGGCGGGGGUUCCCGUGCCCGAGGUGCGCCCGUACCUUUCACACUUCGGGCGGCAUGAGCCGCCACUACAGGCUCGAGUGCGUCGAUCUGCCCCGUUUCAAGUGCCCCCAUUGCGAUAUGCGCAGCAAGUAUACCCAGGCCGUGUACAGGCACAUUAGAGCAAAGCACCGGAACAUGGAGCUAAGAAUGGAAAUACUCGACGUCCCGUACAAGGACGAACGCUAUAGAGUGUUCGAAGUGCGGCAAGACGUUCCCCAAGCAAAGAGAUUUGACGUUCCACGUGAGGCACGCGUGCGAAGAGAAAUACAAGAUUCGUAGCAUGAGAAAUUCGGAUGCGUAUCUCUAUGGCAACGAUUUGGACUGCAAUCGAUGCGGGAAGAGGUUCAAAAGGCGGAAAGAUCUCAAUUACCACAUACGUCAUUUGUGCGGUAUACGUGGUAUACAGUGUCCUUAUUGCAACAAAUGUUACACGUAUUCGUCCAACGUCAAGUAUCAUAUAAGCCGUUACCACGAGGGGAAAGAGGUUUAUUACAAUAAACUUGUUUGAACGAAUUUCGAUUAGAUCAGCGCGAAUCAUUUUCGUCGUCGAGAAAAGAAACAACGUGGUGUUUUUUUUCCGAAUCGAUUUCUUUUCUAAUCGUACGCUCGAUCCCUCAAGCUUGCCGCAAGAUUUUCGUGCUCGUCUCGUCGAACGAGAAUAACGUUCGAAUUUUCGAACGAAAGAAUUCUUUCUAUUUCGUAUUUCGAAUCAUAUAGGAUUACAUUACGAUGGAAUUUUUUUCUCCCUAAUCGUCGCAAUUCUCUUUCUGUUUCUUUCUUUCUUUCUCUCUCUCUUUCUUUGUCUCUCUCUUCCUCUCUAGUCACUCGUCGAGCCUGUGAGAGCAUACGUUUAACUGUGUGUUCGAAAUCUCGCCGAUAACGCGAACGAACGAAUUGUAAAAGAUCUCGUAAGCAUAAUGUAAACGUUUAUUUGAAAAUAACGAUUAAAAACUCGAUCAACUUUCAGCU